AUGACGAAACUCUUACACUUUCGAACGCUCGAGCCCGACGAUUUUGCGCAGGUACAAAGCAUCGGCUCGGCGUCUAUUCCGAUCCACUACCCGGCCGAUUAUUGGCAGUACAUGUGCGAUCCGAAAAGCAUCUAUUAUUCGUUGGGCGCUUUUGAUCAUCAAAACAACCUGAUCGGCGUGUGCGCGGUGAUUGCCGACAUGAAGGAGGUGAUUGCCACUAGACACAGUGAACUUGAAGAAAGGCUACUGAUCGACCAAUUUGAGAAGGUGAGCUACGUGUCGACGUGCUUUGUGCGGUCGGAUUGUCGUGGCCUCGGCAUCGGCUAUCAACUCAUCCAGCGCCAAAAGGAUGCCAUGAUUGACCGCGGCAGCCAAAUGCUCUAUCUGCACGUCCUCUGCACGAAUACGUCGGCCAUCAAACUCUAUGAGAAAUGCAGUUUCACUCAGCGAUGCCGUUUUAAAGACUACUACUCCAGCGUAACGACGAGACCCGGCGAGCGUCAGGAUGCCUAUCUCUACUUUAUCGAGCUCAAGCGCAAUGGAGGCAUCUUCUACUGCUGUAUG